UUUACAGCUAUUAAUACCAGACGCACCUAUCAAUAACAGCAUCUCAGUAUGUCGGGUAGCAAGAAGAACAAAGUCAUCCGCAUCUUAUCGGCCAAGGAACGGAGCCUCUUCAACGCCAUCAACAGCGAGGAUGUCACGGCGGCAAGGCAACUGGUUGAAGGGGAAGGAGUUGACGUCAACGCCCAGGACGUGUUCCAGCGGACACCUCUCAUCCGGGCUUGCCUUCUGAGUGGGCAGGAGGAGAGACUCGCUAUUGCCUCCGUCCUGCUUAAGAGAGGUGCAGAUGUGAACCUCAGGGACAACCACGGCCGAACGGCGCUGAUGGUGCUCUGCAAGGAAAGCCCCGAGGUGGUGCCGAUCUUGGGGAUGGUCUUGAAGCGCAAGGCAGACCCUAACCUUCAGGACGACGACGGCGACACGGCCCUGCUCCACGCCGUCAAGAUAGACAACGCUGACGCGGUCAGGACACUCAUCAGACAUGGCACGGUGGACGUGGAGAUGAAGAACUCCGAAGGUGAUUCACCGCUCCUGCUGGCGGCCAAGCAGCAGAACGCCGAGAUCUGCGGCAUACUGGUGCAGGAGGGACGUGCUGACCACUCCACCAUCCCACUGUUCCUGAGGAAGUACCUGCCCCCAGAAUGCCAAGAGACUGAUUUUACUAAGGAAAGGCAUGACCGCUUUGAGGAGUACAGAAGGAAUGCGCAGGGUUUACCUGGAACACCUUACGGUAAUCAGGUAAUCCAUGAACCUUAUCCACAGAACACACAACAAGGACCUGGUGAAGCCGCUGGAAAAUGGCGGAAAGCUGCAAAGACUGUGCAAACUGCAAAUGCCUUCGAGGAAGCACUCAAAGUGGCUCAGGAAAAGAAAGCUGCGGGACAUGCAAAAGCGAAGGCGGAAGCAGAAGCGAAAGCUAAGGCAGAAGCAGAGGCGAAGGCGAGAGCUGACGCAGAGGAGAGAGCGAAAGCUGAAUCAGAGGCGAAAGCGAAAGCUGUAGCAGAGGCAAAAGCCAAAGCUGAAGCAGAGGCGAAAGCGCAAGCUGAAGCACAGGCAAAGGCAGCGGCACGGGCGAAGGCAGAAGCUGCAGCAAAGGUCGCAGCGCAAGAAAAAGCCGCGGCAGAAAUCAAGGCGAAGGCAGAAGCAAAGGCGAAGGUAGAAGCCGAGGCGAAGGCAGCCGCUCAAGCUCGAGACGAAGCGAGGAAACAAGCAGAAGCACAAACUAGAGAAGAAUCAGCGCGAAGGAAAGCAGAAGCACAAGCUCGGGAAGAAGGACGCAAGAAGGCUGAAUCUCAUGCCAGAGAAGAGGAGGCUAGGAAAAAGGCAGAAGCACAUGCAAGAGAGGAAGCGCGCAAGAAGGCUGAAGCUAGGGAAGAAGAGGCGCGGAAGAUAGCGCAAGCUAAGGAAGAAGCUCAGGCCAAGGAAGCAGAAGCCAGAGCAGCUGAACAAGCGAAGGGGAAACCAGAGUCUCCCCGACCACCUUCACGCCCCCGUUCAAGGACACCAUCGCAGGAGCAGUCGCGGCUUCCCCCGGCCAAAAAGUCAAACUGGGCUGUCGUCCCGAGAAAGGGUCUCUCGGAGCUUCAACCUCUCAACCCUGCCCCCCACAACAAGUCCAAGCGGAGCAAGGAGGAGCUCAAGACCUACAAGACCAAGUCCGGCCGGAUGAUCUAUCCCAAUGCUCCCCAUGACAAGGAUUACGAUAACAUAUCGGCGAUAAGGGACGGACAGCAACCAGCGCCAAAGCGAAAGGGAAAAGGAAAGAAGGGUCCUCUGCUGCCGGCGAUAGCUGAGGCUGCUGUCAGGAAACGAGCAGUCAUUUCCACCACAUAGAACGUGUUUUUUUUUCUCGAUCAAGCCCGAGAAGUCCGUUUGUUUAUAACGAUGGUUCUUGUGCUUUGGACGCUGAUUGUACAUUGCACACCACGAACAAUGGAUCAGGCAUGCAACUGUGAAGUAGAGGAAAUUCUAAGCUUUAUAAAACUUUAUAUGCAGUGUUUUCAAAUGUUAAUCGCAUAAGUGUGAAGUGAAAAAGAGGAAAUUAGCUGAACCAAAGAAACGUUGCACACCUGAGAAUUAUCCGGAUAUUUUUUAUAUGAAAUUUGCGUCGGAAAAAUGUAACUGAUUUUGAUAUUGAGUUUUACCUUUCGCCGACAUAGGCAAAAAAAGCAACACCCUUAAUUUAACUAUAGUAUAGAAAACCGCACGCUAUGCUUGUUGGGUGUUAUGGAUGAAACUGUUCCCCGUUUCUCAACAACAUCAUUCAGAACAAUCUGUAUUGAACUUUGAAUGAUUGUUGUUACCUUCUCGCCAGAACUGAAGUCUGAAAAUGUAGCAAACAAAAUGCACGCUAUAAUUAGGGUCCAAUGGUGUCACAUUUUAUUAGCAGCCCGGCCAAUACACAACAGUACUGUUAUAGAAUGAAAUAAAAGAUAUUCAGCCAUUAUUCGGCCUAAAAAUAUAGUCCGUAUAUAAACGCAAUCAUCGCAAUGAUGUAUAAUAUGCGCAUGUAGAAUGAGGCUCUAUGAAUGCAAAGAACGAUACGGGAGUUUUUACAAGAAAACCAUAAUGUAUGCGUAAAGAAUGUGUGUCUUUCCGGGGAGAGUUGUGCGAAAUUCUUCUACCUACGAAAAUGACGACCUUUAAUGAAGCGAACAUUCAACCGACAAUCGGCAAAUAAUAUUACUGCUUCCAGUGACGCAGGAGCGAUUUUUCCCCAUACCUAUGCGGAUUUCCAGCAGAAUAUAGAAAAUUACAUCGAGUCAGGAGCUAUAGUGUCAACAGACU